AUGUUGGUUAUCCGGACUAUGUGGCCAGUGAUAAUGUUACCAAACUCGAAAAAGACUGCUGAUUACAAAUUCAAUUCAUCUUAUAUUCUAAAUGGUUUAACGAUCGCUCAAUUAGCAGCUAAAGACAAUUAUCGUCUUCUUCGUCAAUCUGUCGAUUGUCAGAGAUGGACUUUUCCGCCGACUAAAAUCGAGGCAGCUUAUAAUCCAUCUUUAAAUUCCAUAUGUGAGAUUCUUUUUUCUGAUCCGAAUAGAUUUUUUUCUUUCGGCUUUAUUAAUUUGUUUUGCAUUGAAGAUACCUCAAUUAUGGCGGUGAGCAUUGAUUUACUUCGAUAUGAAAAAAAACAACAAAUUUCUCAUACAGCUAUCGGAAGCACAAUGGGACAUGAAAUAACACAUGGAUUCGAUAUAAUCGGUCGACAAUAUGAUGAAAAUGGAAAUGUAGUGCCUUGGUGGAUAAAUGAAAAAAUCGAUGCUUAUAAUAAACAGAUCGAAUGUUUUAUUCAACAAUACAGUAAUUAUACAGUGCCCGGUGUCAAUCGCCAGGUUUUUCUUUUUCUUUGUAUUUGA